CUGCGACCGGCGGCGGGCACCCACCGCACCGCACCGCGCCGGUCAGGGCCGCAGCGCACCGCGCAGCGUACGGCAGGGCGGGCUCGGCGGCGGUAUGAGCGCCGGCGGGGAGGCGGCAGGUGAGGGCCGCGAGGCCGCCGCCCCCGGAGCACCGUUCCCCCGCGGCGGGCCGCGCUCAGCGGGGAGCAGCCCAGUGCCCAGCCCCGGCUCCCCCGGGCCCGAGGAGCCGUUGCAGAAACGACAGAGAACUGUGGAGGAUUUCAACCAGUUCUGCACCUUCGUUUUGGCCUACGCAGGCUACAUCCCCUACCCUGAAGAGAAUGAGCCCUGGACCCAUGGAGGCAGCAUGAGUCCCCAGAACAGCACAGGGAGCACUCAGGACAGUGAUAGCUGGGCCUCGUCCCACUCCUCUGACUGCCACGUCCCAACAGACAACGGGAGGAGCAGGAAUGCCAUGGCCAGGGGGGCUGUGGACAACAGCCUGCUCAUGAGCUGCCCUGCCUUCCCCACUGGCUUCUACGACAUCCGGCCCCAGCAAACCAAACGGAAGAAACCGCCAGCAAAGAAACUCAUUUUGGAGCAGGAGGUGGAGAAGAGGGUGCCUCUGAGCGCUAGGAAGGGCUUUGGGGCAGAGCAGGAUGAGGUGAAGGAGCUGGCCGCGCUGAAGGGACAGAUGCCUCCCAUGAAAGAGCAGCUCUUGGAGCCUUCCCUCAACCCAGCUGGGGACCCCCAGCCCAACUCCCUCCUGGAGGAGCUAAUGAAGGAGGAGAAGGACUGGAUGCAUGGAGUGCAGGAGACUGAGAAACCAUCAGAUGAUGAUCCUCAGCUAAAGGAGCACGACCCCUGCUCCGGAGGGAGGAAAAGCCCCAGUUCUUGUAGUACUUUGGACCAAAGCGAAGGGGAAGAUGCAAGCAGAGGGAGCUCCCAGCUUAGCGGAGUCGAAUUCUCAGCAGCUCCCAACACCAAAGCAGAAGACGACGACGCCUGGGAUCUGAUCACCUGCUUCUGCCUGAAGCCCUUCGCAGGAAGGCCCAUGAUUGAGUGUAACGAGUGCGCUACCUGGAUCCACCUCUCUUGUGCCAAGAUCCGCAAAUCCAACGUGCCUGAGGUUUUCAUCUGCCAGCGGUGCCGUGACGCCAAGCAGGAGAUCCGCCGCUCGAACCGAGCUCGGACGGUGCCCCGCAAGCGCUUCUGUGACUGAAGCUCCUGCAGAGCAGGGAGCCCGGGGGUCCUCUUUUUAAACUGAAGACUGUAGCCCGGUUUGGCUAGACAAUCAAUGCACAGUAAUGGCAGGGGAGGGGUGGGGCCUGACUGUCCCCCUUCCACUUCUGACUCCUGGAAGCUGCCACGCGUGUCCUCCCUGGGGAUGGCGUUGGCCACGGAGAUGGGUUAGCCCAGAGGUGUGGGGGGGAGAGGAGAGUGGUCCAGCCGUGCACUAGGUCGCUCGGAAACAUCUCUGUCCUCACGUCAAUCUGGCUCAGUGCCUUUCCCCCAGGGCAGCCGAGGAGAAUCUAGGCCAAGUAGUGUUUCUGUAGUGUGGUGGAAGCUUACACUUACCCCGAGAUGUGACUCCCCUUCCUCCUUUUUCCUCACCAUUUUCCUUUCCUUGCCUCAGACUUUUGGGUGGGCUGUGACGGCAGAGCCCCGGUGACCCAAGUUCUCCUCCAGCAGGUCGGUGCAGCCCAGCCGAGCUCCCUCCGUGUCGUGUGCCGCUCUCUGGGGCAUCAGGGGAAGGGACGUGGGUGCUGCUGACACCCAAAGCAGGCUGAGGCUCUGCAUCGUGGGGGUGCUGGUGGAGCUGUCCAUCUCUAUCUCAUCAGCCUUGUAGGCUGCACAGGGGAGGUCCUUCCCCUGGCUCGUGGUGCUCCUGAUUUCAUUUGCUGUGCCCUCAGCUCCAGGACAGUUCUGUUGGGUCAGGAGCAGCAAAGGCAUCCUCUGGUAGGUGAUUGCAAAGGCUGUUCUUGGUGAGCAGCCCUCCUUGGCUCAUGUUCUCCAGAUGCACUGAGGUCUCCUGUGUAAAGGAGGGGUGAGAUUCCUGGUAGGAGACUGUUGUGGCAUUAUUUGAUUUAAUGCACUGUGCAGCCAUUCACUCACUCACUCCUCCCACUGUUGGUGGGAUGGAGAAUUGGGGAAAAGAAACAACAAAAAACAGGUAAAACUUGUAGGAUAAGAACUGUUUAAUAAUUGAAAUAAUAAUGAAAAGGAGGAUAACAAAAUGAGAGAUAAGUAAAACCUAAAACAGACAAUGAUGCACAAUGCAGUUGCUCACCACCUGCUGGCCAGUCCCCCAAGCAGUGAUCAGCCCCUCCCAGCCCACUCCCCAGUUUCUGUACUGGGAAUGACAUUCGGUGGUAUGGAAUAGCCCUUUGGCUAGUUCGGGUCAGCCGUCCUGGCCAUGCUCCCUCCCAGCUUCUUGUGCACCUCCUUACAGGCAGAUCAUGGGAGACUGAAAAGUCCUUGACUUAGGAUAAGUGCUACUUAGCAACAACUAAAACACCAGUGCAUUAUCAAUGUUUUUCUCCUUCUAAAUCCAAAACAUGGUGCUGUACCAGCUACUAGGAAGAACAUUAACUCUGUCGCAGCCGAAACCAGGAUGGACACUGAAGGUAUUGUCAGCUGGGGGGCAAGGCUGGGAGCCCUUUGACAGGGGAAGAGAGUGCUCUGGUUAACCUUCCUGUAUUUUCCACCUCUGGAAUAACAGAAGCUUGUACUCUGUGGCUGCAGGCCUGUCUGGUGGAGCACCUGCUUCAGCACCAGCUGGGUGUUGAGACUGAGCUUGGAUGGAGCCAGGAGCUGGGAGGGCCUUUCUUCCCAGCACUCUCUCCAUUGCAGAAGUUGGUGUUCGUUUCCUGGACACGUAGGGUAAAACCUACUGCCUUGUCAAGAGCAGGCCCUGAGCCCCUUCUGCUAUGCAACUGCUGCUCCAGACACACAGGAUGUGCCCUCUCCAGGCCCCGCUUCAGUUUGGCAGUGGAAGGCUUUUCCCCACACUCCAUGUCCCCAGUGUGUAUGUGUGUGAUACGAUGGGGCCCUGCGUGCACUAACCAUUGGAUCCCACCUCCUCCUCACAGCCCCUCCAAAGAGCCUGGCCCACGUGCCUUCUGCACUUUCCCUGGGGGCUGCAGACCCUGCUUCUGGCCCAAGGACCCCUGGCUCGGUCCGUGGGGUGGGGGAGCAGGACAGCCCCCACUUGCCAGUCCCUAUGACUUUUCUUAACCGGGUUCUUUCCUACUUGCACAUCUGGUUACUGUGGGACCACAGCUGCGGGAGGGUUUGGGGCAGCCCUUGUCACUCAGCAGCCCCCAGGCUCGUCCCUGUGCCUCUCUCCUCCUGUGGAAAGCCUGGGCCCCAAAAGUGCUUUAUGUUUUUAUAGUUACUUUGUAUUGAUAUGUAAAAUAGCAAAUUCUGGUCCUUGCCCUGUGGAGUGUGGCUGGAGUCUUAUGUAUAUAAUAAAGUACUUUUGCCAUAAUG